UGCCUUUCCACCACUCAAUUAACAUACAGCAAUGUCGACGGAGACCGAGCUCAGGAGGAACAACUACGGAUCGCUGAUCUUCUGCCCGACGUGCGGCAACCUGCUCGACAACCCGGGCGACCAGGACCAUAUUGUGUGCCACGCGUGCGGUGACGCCCAGCAAGGCACAAAGUUCGAGGGCAUCGAGACUGUGUCGCGGUCCCAGGACAGUGCGUUCCCGUCAGCUCUGAAGAACAAGCGGUCGCUGGUGCAGGGCGUUGCGUCGGCAGACCGUGUCGACGCCACCGUCGAGGAGACAUGUCCAGAGUGCGGCAGUGACGAGAUGAGCUUCUACACCAUGCAGAUGCGCUCGGCAGAUGAAGGCCAGACCGUGUUCUACAAGUGUACCAAGUGCGGCUAUGGCUUCUCGCUCAAGAACUAAACACCCAUGUAAACCUUUUUAUGCUCUCAGAAAUACACAAUCUCCACUUCU